ACCCGAACUAUUCUCACUCUCACUCACAGUCACUGCCUAUACCCGCUAAAAUUGUUUAGGGUUUUAGAUUUUCAGCAGAAGAAACCCUAAUUCCCCAAAUUCACGCGGUGGACAUGCUUCAAUCACUGUGCGUUUCCAAUUCGAGCAAUCAAUGGGUGCGAUGACCCCCAACCGCAAGCGCACCGAAGAAUGCAUGAACGUAAACCUCACUAAUUCAGAUUCCUCCCGUAAACGCUCCAAAUUAUCUACCAAACCCGUUCCGUCCGCCGCCAGCGCCAUCGCGCGACUCUCCAGGUAUCCGCAGGUUAACGCGCCGUUCGCGAGGGAGGUUCACGCACCGUGUCGGCGGACAAAAUUUUUACUCUCUGCUAGGGUUAGCAGUCGCGCUGGCGAUGCCAUGGGGAACGUUCUGAUCGCCAAGUUCGAGAAGGCGAAGCGUUCGGCGUUGGAGAAGUGUAGGUCAGUGGUGGAGAAGGGAAAGGAGGUGAUUGUAGUGGACGCGGAGAGUGAUGAGCCUUGUGCGGAUUCGAGUGUGGAAGAGCUGCAUGAUGACGGUGGCAAGUUUGGGGUUCAGCGGCAGUCGCAGUCGACGUUAUCGUUUGAUUCGGAGCUGAGGAAUGCGGAAUUGAAGGUAGCGAGUAGAGGGGAGUUGUGGGGUUCUGAGACGCAGCUUGAUGUUGAAAGUGUUCUUGCGUAUAAGAAGUUGCUUGAGGAUGUUGGGAGGAGAAAUGGCACAUUCCAGAGGCUGAAUUUUGAGAUUGACCUGAACGAGAAGCGCAGGGACCAUUUUAAUUUGUUGAGGCCGAAGAAGGAAUUGGAGGAAUCAGAAGCGCUGAAAGAACCAUUUGUUGCUCUUAGUAGUGAGGAAGAAGAUGAGGUUGAGCGUGCCUUCUCUGCCAACCGUUGGAAAAUCUUGGUUACCCAUGAGAAUUCUAAUAUUGAGAUUACGGGAGAAAAGUUUCAAUGCCUUAGGUCAACUGGAUGGUUAAAUGAUGAGGUGAUAAAUUUGUAUUUAGCUUUGCUGAAGGAGAGGGAACAAAGACAGUCACAUAAAUUUCUGAAAUGUCAUUUUUUCAAUACCUUUUUCUACAAAAAGUUAAUAAGUGGCCCAAAUGGUUAUGAUUUCAAAUCUGUCAGAAGAUGGACAAGCCAACGGAAAUUGGGAUAUAGUUUACUUGAAUGUGAUAAAAUAUUUGUACCUAUCCAUCAAGAGAUACAUUGGUGCUUGGCAGUCAUCAAUAAUAAAGAUAAGAAAUUGCAGUAUCUUGACUCAAUGAAAGGAGAGGAUAGAUCUGUGCUAGAAAAGCUGGCUAAAUAUUUUGCGGAUGAAGUAAAUGACAAGAAUGGACAAGAUAUUGGUGUUUAUACCUGGGAAAAAGAAUUUGUGAAAGACCUUCCUGUUCAGAAAAAUGGGUGUGAUUGUGGGGUGUUUAUGAUCAAAUAUGUGGACUUUUAUAGCAGGGGCCUGGAGCUAUAUUUUGACCAGGGAAACAUGCCUUACUUCCGGCGUAGGACAGCAAAGGAGAUCUUGAGACUGAAAGCUGAAUGAGGAAGAGAAUGACUGGGGCAACCGGCGAAAUUUUUCGUGUAAGGUAUGUGUUUGAAAGGUCGUUGCAUUAUUGUCUAAUAGGCAUAUUUUGACAAAUGAUCCUUCACAUCUGACGAUGUCUUAGUAAUGACCAUUAUAGAGUUGAAGAAUUUGUUUGGGUAUUUCUUGAAAAUUGAAAUAAUUAUACAUGUAUUGGUUAUUGGAUACAACUUGUGUGUGGUGUAUAGUGUUUGUAGAGUGCAGUAGGUUGUGUAUUGCUGUACAGAGUGAAUUAUACGAUGAGGCAUAGUUUCAAGGUUAAGGUGUUAUUUCUUC